AUGUCACAGAUUGUCGACCAAAGGAGUUGGCGCACUUUGACAUGGAAAAACAAUAAUGAAAAAUACCUUAUGAAGCUGAACAAAUGUCUUCAUCACGAACGCAUAAUGAGCGUAUUAAGUGAUUGGUAUAAGGUUAAAACGCACGUCCAAGGAAGUACCUUUACAUUUGUCUCUCUAUACAUCCAACUUAAAAAGAGAAAAAUACUAACAUCAAAAAAUAUGAACAUAGUAACGAAGAAGCAACUCAUAAAAACAUACGUCUGGAGUGUGGCAUUAUACGGAAGUGAGAUCUGGACAAUUAAUAAGAAAGAAAAAGAUAUGUUAGAAGCUCUGGAGAUGUGGUGCUGGAGAAAGAUGCAGAGAAUAAGCUGGACUGAUAGAAGAUCAAAUGAAGACAUCCUGAGGACAAUAGGUGAAAAACAAACAUUGAUAGACAUUAUAAAGAGAAGGAGAUGGCAGAUGAUAGGACACUCGUUGAGACAUUGA